AUGUCCCUAACCCUCAUCUCCGCCACGCCCUCCCCCUACGCGCGGAUCAACCGCAUCGCCCUACACCUCAAGUCCAUCCCCUUCACGCUCCUCAACGAAAUCCCGUGGCACAAAACCGAAACCCAAACGCCGCAAUACAACCCCCUGGAAAAACUCCCCGUCCUCAUGUUCCCCCCCGAAGAACACCGCGCGCCGAUCUACGACUCGUCGCACAUCCAAGACUUCCUCGUGACGCGCUACGCGGACCGGGGCCCGCGGCUCGUGACGGGGGAGUGGGAGGCGGAUAUGAAACUGAAGCAGGUGCAGGUGUUGGCGCAGGGGGUGAUGGACGCGGUGGUGCUCAAGUUCUUCGAGCGGGCGCGGGGGGAGGAGAAGGCGAGUAGGGAGUGGGAGGGGCGGCAGGAUCGGAAGAUUCUGACGAUUGCGGAUAUUGCGGUCGUGUGUGCGGUGGGGUUUGUGGGGUUUAAUGGGGCGUUGGGGGAGGGGUGGGAGGGGAUGUAUCCGGAGACGGCGAGGUAUUUUGCGGUGUUGGAUGGGAGGGAGGGAGGGGUUUCGGGAGACGAGGCCGGUGAUGUGUGA